GGGAAAAAGUAUAUAUUUUUAUGCAAAGCUGACACAGGUACAAUUUAAAACUGGUCACAGAUUUGGAAAAUUAACAAGUUAAGGUUUCCGCUAACAAAGUACAUGCAUUUAUGGAUGCUCGAACAUGCCAAGCGAAAAAGGUAUCUGAGUUCAGACCAGUUUGAGUUUUAUUAUUAUUUCUUAGUCACAUCUGGCGAUGUUUUAGAAAUAGGUUUGAAAAACAUCAGCGCAAAUGGAACUCAUCUGAUCUGUCUGUACAAUCAUCUGAUAACAGUCACUGCAUGAGUCUACUGUACACUCUGAGCUCCAGCCUCACUCCUCACACCAUCCUGAGUGGGGUUUUUUUCUACACACUUUGGUGGUUCUGUUUGUACUCAACUGAGAUUCAAUUAAAAAAUCCAAAGUAAUUCACUUCUUGAUACGGAAUGUUUUAUUCUGAUGUUCCAGCAGGACAACACAUCUGUGUAAGAGUCGACACAGAAAGAAUCGGUUCACUGAAGUGAAUCACAACCGUGUGUGUGUGCCCGCGCGCGCGUUCCCGACUCCUUCCUCCUCCACCACCGGUGAGAUCGCUCUUUGUUGGACCAUCAUGAAACUCUCGCCGGUUUUCCGCCACGCGUGCUCCCGAGCCGCCAACCCACGGAAACCGUUCAGCCCCCGGAAGAGCUCGGUACCGGAGCCCAGGACGGGGUUUUGGUUGCCGGUUCGGCGCGCGGCGUCCAGCAGCAUCGGCGGCACCGGAGCGUCGGAACUUUCACCAGCUCUCAGGUUUCACGCACCGCGCGAGACGACCGGCGACGGGCCUGCCAGCGGGAGUAUCACCCGUGAGAUCAUCCAGAAGAACAAAGAGGAGCUUGCUGACGUCGUGAAAACUCACCCUGGUAUCCGACCCACCCUGGCCAUCAUACAGGCAGGUGAAGACGACACUUUAUUGGACAUCAAUAAGAAGACAGCAGGAAAGGUCGGCCUGAACGUGACGCAGAUCUGUCUGCCGAGCCGCUGCACGCAGGAGGAGGUCAUAGAGGAGGUGCUGAGGCUGAACGAAGAUUCAAACGUUCACGGCGUGUACCUGUGCCUUCCUCCAUCGCUCCUGUCUCGCAGAGUGCUCAACUCCAUCAAACCUGAGAAAGAUGUGGACGGGGUUUCAGACCUGAAUGUGGGCCGUCUGGUGUCUGGAGCUCUGUCUGAAGGCUUUCUCUCACCUGUAGCAGGAGCGGUGCUGGAGCUGCUGGCCAGACACGAUGCUCCUCUGGCUGGGAAGAAGGCGGUGCUGGUCGGGCUGGACGGGCCGCUGAACGUGAUCCUCCAGUGUGUGCUGCAGAGUGAGGGAGUGGAGGUGCAGACGAGCCGCUGGAGCUCAGACAGACUGCAGGAGCAGGUGAAGCAGGCCGAUGUGGUUGUGGUGAUGGGAGAAGAACAUGGAACGCUCCCAAACAUCUGCUUCAAACCUGGAGUGACGCCUAUUAACUGUGGCUCUGCGAUAAUACCAGCGUUCUCGGCUCACGAGAAGAAGCUGGAGGCUGAACCCUGGCCAGAUGUCGGACCCAUAAGUGCCGCUCUCAGGAUGCAGAACGUGGUGAGAAGCAGUAGGAGGUGGGUGGAAGGACAGCAGUAUCAGCCGUGGACGCUCCGCCCACUGAAGCUCCAGCCGCUGUCACCUGUGCCCAGUGACAUCGAGAUCUCCCGAGCUCAGACCCCGAAGCCCAUAGUGCAGCUUGCGGAGGAGAUCGGGUUGUUGCCGGAGGAGCUGGAGGCGUACGGCCGCUCCAAAGCCAAAGUUCAACUCUCGGUACUUAAUCGCCUGCAACAGCAACCGAACGGCAAAUACGUCCUCGUGGCAGGCAUCACUCCAACUCCUCUUGGUGAAGGGAAGAGCACAGUGACGAUCGGUCUGGUCCAGGCUCUCUCGGCUCAUCUCAAACUCAACUCCUUCGCCUGCCUCAGACAGCCGUCUCAGGGUCCUACAUUCGGAGUCAAAGGUGGAGCAGCAGGUGGAGGAUAUGCUCAGGUCAUCCCUAUGGAGGAGUUUAAUCUGCACUUGACCGGUGACAUUCACGCCAUAACAGCAGCUAAUAACCUGGUGGCAGCAGCCAUCGAUGCCCGAAUCCUGCACGAAGCCACCCAGUCUGAUAAGGCCCUGUAUAACAGACUCGUGCCGUCAGUUAAUGGAGUGAGACGCUUCUCCGCCAUCCAGCUGAGGCGGCUGAAGCGUCUUGGAAUCAACAAAUCCGACCCAGGCGCCCUGACUCCUGAGGAGAUCAACACCUUCGUCCGGCUCGACCUUGACCCUGAGAAGGUCACAUGGCAGAGAGUGGUGGACACCAACGAUCGUUUCCUGAGGAAGAUCACGGUCGGCCAGGCGAACACGGAGAAGGGCCACAGCAGGCAGACUCAGUUUGAUAUCGCGGUGGCGAGUGAGAUCAUGGCGAUCCUGGCUCUGACUGACGGUCUGGCUGAUAUGAAGAGCCGUCUGGGACGCAUGGUGGUGGGGAGCAGCAGGAGCGGGCAGCCAGUAACAGCUGACGAUCUCGGUGUAACCGGAGCUCUGGCUGUGCUGAUGAAAGAUGCCAUCAAACCCACCCUGAUGCAGACGCUCGAGGGCUCGCCUGUGUUCGUGCACGCCGGACCGUUCGCCAACAUCGCCCACGGAAACUCGUCAGUGCUGGCGGACCAGCUGGCUCUCAAACUGGUCGGCGAGGACGGCUACGUGGUGACGGAGGCAGGGUUCGGAGCAGACAUCGGCAUGGAGAAGUUCUUCAACAUUAAGUGCCGCGCCUCGGGUCUGAAGCCUGACGCCGUGGUGUUGGUCGCCACCGUUAGGGCUUUGAAGAUGCACGGAGGAGGGCCGAAUGUAAAAGCAGGAAUGCCGCUCCCGAAGGAGUACACAGAGGAGAAUCUAAAGUUGGUCUCUGAAGGCUGCAGCAACCUGAAGAAACAGAUUCAGAUCGCUGGUCAGUUUGGAGUUCCCGUGGUGGUGGCUCUCAACGUCUUUAAGACCGAUACGGAGGCAGAGAUCGAAGAAGUGUGCCGCAUAGCCGAGGCUUCAGGGGCGUCCGCAGCCGUACCGUGCCGUCACUGGGAGCGAGGCGGACGUGGCGCCACGGAUCUGGCGCACGCCGUGAAGGAAGCAGCAGCAAAGAAGAGUAAUUUCCACUUCCUGUACAACCUUCAGACCCCUAUUGUGAAGAAAAUCCGCACUAUCGCACAAAAGGUUUAUGGAGCGGAUGACAUCGAGUUAUCGCCCGAAGCACAAGCUAAAAUUGACUAUUACACACAGCAGGGCUUUGACACGCUACCCAUCUGCAUGGCCAAAACCCACCUGUCUCUCUCACACAUGCCAGAGAAAAAGGGCGUGCCCACCGGCUUCACCCUGCCAAUCAGAGAUGUCCGUGCCAGCAUAGGGGCAGGGUUUAUUUACCCACUGGUUGGAACAAUGAGCACCAUGCCAGGCCUUCCGACACGACCCUGUUUCUACGACAUCGACCUUGAUCCCGUAACCGAGGAGAUCUCGGGACUGUUUUAAUCAUCCACAUGACCCAUACACAUACUUGCACUCUCAACAGCUGUCUCAUGUAGGUUGAUGGUGAUGGAUUGAGCAAACUGAGGCGGGCGACCCAUUCCUGCUUUUAUAACAAAUAGACGAGCAACGGAUAUUUCAAAUACAUCUGAUCAUUGCCUGUAGCUUUUUCAUGCAUUAUUUACAUAUUUGCAAAGACAAGCAGAUCUCUAGGUUUUUUUUUUGUUUUGUUUUUUUGUUCUUCUAGGAACUUCAUUCAUGUUCAGGUUUCAGACUUCACUGCAGUUUGCUUUUACAGUAUUUUUACUUUCUUUUAACCUUUUUAUUUUUCUCUGUUUUGUUGGAUUAUUUACAAGCACACUUCCUGGCCAAAAAAAAAAGGUGCUGUUCCAGAAGGGUUUAUAUCAGACAAAAACAACAACUAAGGAGUCUGAUUGACCCUGCUUGACCAUUUGUGGCAAUAAAAUUAAGUCAUCUGAUGACCUGAAUGUACUUACUGAAUGACCAGCUUAUCACAACUUUCAACAUUCCUCCCUGAUGGCACUGCCAUAUUUCAGCACUCCAAUUGAGAACAUUUAAAUUACACCAAAAAAAGUAAAAUAAAACAUUCCUGUCUAAAUUUAAUCUAAACUGGUUUUGGAUGGUUUGUUUUCCUGCUAACACUACUGUCGUUACACAACUGCUGUCAUUACCUUUGCUGCUGCCAUGACAUGCUUUUGUAUGUCUUAUGAAAAUAAAUACAGAAUAAUCUGUUA